AUGGCAAAGUUCUUGUUCUAUGCGGCACUCCUGGCCAUCAGUUUUCAACUUAUCGUCGGACUCUCUAUUCGCAAAGUUGCCGGGGCCAACAGCCCUGAUGCACUGGAUGUCAGCUACCACGAAGCUAUUGUCGACGGUAAACAAGCCCUAUCGACACAGAUGAUCCGAGGAGUCAACAUCGGUUCUUGGCUGGUGCUCGAAAAGUGGAUGGUGUCUGGAAUUUUCGAGGGCACCAAUGCCACUGAUCAAUACACAUUCGACUCAACGCCAGGCGCCGAAGGCAAGCUGCGAACUCAUUGGGAGACUUACUUCACCGAAGCCGAUGUCCAGAAAAUCGCAUCGUGGGGUAUCAACGCGCUGAGGAUACCCGUCGGAUACUGGUCUUACGACAAUUCCGGCACUCCAUACAUCGCAGGAGCUGACGCUUACCUGGAAAAGGCCAUCGGCUGGGCAAGAGCACAUGGUCUCAAAGUCGUUAUCGAUUGCCAUGGGUCACCUGGUUCUCAAAACGGCUUCGACAACAGCGGCCAGUUUGGUAACAUACGUUGGCAAUCUGGUGACAAUCUGGACAAGAGUAUAUCUGUCUUGAAGGUCAUCGCUCAGAAGUAUGGCUCCAAAGGAUAUGCCGACGUAGUGCUUGGACUGCAACUCGUCAACGAACCGGCUUCCUGGGGAGAUAACAACUUCGACAUUACCAAAGAAUGGACACAACAAGCUUACCACGCCGUAAGAGCUGCUGCGACGAAUCCAAACCUACUGGUUGUGAUGCACGACAGCUUCAAAGGUCCUUGGAGCUGGGUCGACGUCGGACAAGUCUUGAACGGCAAUGCUUUGAAAAGUGAGGCAAACUUCGCCAUCGACACGCACCUGUACCAGAAUCAACAGAAUGCUGACUCGUGGCUCAAUCAAGACCAGCACAUCCAGAAGGCAUGCAACUGGACGAAGACAGAUCUGCUCCCUGCACAGACCUCACUGCCAGUCUUCAUUGGCGAAUUCAGUGCUCAGACGAACAUCUGCGCGUUCCCCAAUGGCUCGACAGUUGCUGGUUCGAAAUGCGACGUGGAUGGAUGCCAAUGUUCUUGCAAUGUUGACAUUGCAUAUUGGCGGCCCUGGCUGGUGAACGCGACGAGGACGUUCCUGGAGGCAGAACUCGAUGCCUUUGAGCACUCGUCUCAGGGUUGGUUUAUGUGGUCGUAUAAAGGGCCUGGUGCUUGGGGCCUAGACAAUCUGGUCAAGUAUGGUGUGAUUGGGGCGAAAGUCACAGAGAGGAUGUUUCCUGGGCAGUGUUUGUUCUCUUGA